AUGACCACCGACAAUCAGAUUCAAGCCUUCGAAACUUCCUCAGAAUUUCUCGAUACCUUCCAACAACUACAGGAAGGCGAGAAGACGGCUGAAAGGCUUGAAAAGAUGCUCGAUCAACUGGAGGGGAAAUUGGAUGAAUUGUUAUCGGAGGCCCAAGAAGCAAACCUUGACAGUGAGAAACCGGACGAUAAGACUGAUUCUGUGCAGCACCGACAAGAUCAAUAG